CCCGCCUACUGUUCCUGGGUGCUAAUCCCCAGCACAGACCACUCAGGAGGAGGGAUUGGCUGAGGAGCUUGAAGAGGGGGCGUCAUCACCUCGCCCAAAGGUUAAAUAGGGGUUGAGACAAGAUGCUCAGGAGAAGCGCUUUCUUUCGCGAGCACCCUGAACCAGACCAUGACCCAGACCCUCAAGUACGCCUCCAGAGUGUUCCAUCGCGUCCGCUGGGCGCCGGAGUUGGGCGCCUUCCUAGGCUACCGAGAGUACCACUCAGCACGCCGGAGCUUGGCAGACAUCCCAGGCCCCUCUACGCCCAGCUUUCUGGCCGAACUUUUCUGCAAGGGGGGGCUGUCGAGACUACACGAACUGCAGGUGCAGGGCGCCGCGCGCUUCGGGCCGGUGUGGCUAGCCAGCUUUGGGACAGUGCGCACCGUGUACGUGGCUGCCCCUGCACUCGUCGAGGAGCUGCUGCGACAGGAGGGACCCCGGCCCGAGCGCUGCAGCUUCUCGCCCUGGACGGAGCACCGCCGCCGCCGCCAGCGGGCUUGCGGACUGCUCACUGCGGAAGGCGAAGAAUGGCAAAGGCUCCGCAGUCUCCUGGCCCCGCUCCUCCUCCGGCCUCAAGCGGCCGCCCGCUACGCCGAAACCCUGGACAACGUAGUCUGCGACCUUGUGCGGCGUCUGAGGCGCCAGCGGGGACAUGGCACGGGGCUGCCCACCCUGGUUCGGGACGUGGCGGGGGAAUUUUACAAGUUCGGACUGGAAGGCAUCGCUGCGGUUCUGCUCGGCUCGCGCUUGGGCUGCCUGGAGGCUCAAGUGCCGCCUGACACGGAGACCUUCAUCCGCGCUGUGGGCUCGGUGUUUGUGUCCACGCUGUUGACCAUGGCGAUGCCCCACUGGCUGCGCCACCUUGUGCCUGGGCCCUGGGGCCGCCUCUGCCGAGACUGGGACCAGAUGUUUGCAUUUGCUCAGAGGCACGUGGAGCGGCGAGAGGCAGAGGCAGCCAUGAGGAACCGAGGACAGCCCGAGAAGGACCUGGAAUCUGGGGCGCACCUGACCUACUUCCUGUUCCGGGAAGAGUUGCCUGCCCAGUCCAUCCUGGGAAAUGUGACAGAGUUGCUACUGGCGGGAGUGGACACGGUGUCCAACACGCUCUCCUGGGCUCUGUAUGAGCUCUCCCGGCACCCUGAAGUCCAGACAGCACUCCACUCCGAGAUCACAGCUGCCCUGAGUCCCGGCUCCAGUGCCUACCCCCCGGCCACUGUUCUGUUCCAGCUGCCCCUGCUGAAGGCGGUGGUCAAGGAAGUGCUAAGACUGUACCCUGUGGUACCUGGAAAUUCUCGUGUCCCAGACAAAGACAUUCAUGUGGGUGACUAUAUUAUCCCCAAAAAUACGCUGGUCACUCUGUGUCACUAUGCCACUUCAAGGGACCCUGCCCAUUUCCCAGAGCCAAAUUCUUUUCGUCCAGCUCGCUGGCUAGGGGAGGGUCCCACCCCCCACCCAUUUGCAUCUCUUCCCUUUGGCUUUGGCAAGCGCAGCUGUAUGGGGAGACGCCUGGCAGAGCUUGAAUUGCAAAUGGCUUUAGCCCAGAUCCUGACACAUUUUGAGGUGCAGCCUGAGCCAGGUGCGGCUCCAGUUAGACCUAUGACCCGGACUGUCCUGGUACCUGAGAGGAGCAUCAACCUACAGUUUUUGGACAGAUAGUCCCGUGGAAAGAGACUGUCAUCAUCACCCUUUCAUUCAUCGUAGGGAUAAGAUUUUUUGUAGGCGCAAGACCAAAAUAUACAUCUUCCCCUAAUGCCUGUCUAUCUGACCAAACUGGAUAGAACCACCAUAGUGAAGUGUGAGGCGGCCCUGACCAAUGUGUGAAGUAUGCACUUAGCCUGACUCAGGAGGCCAAGUGAGAAAACCAUGGUUUCUCUGCUUGCUUGGCCCUUCUGAUCAUGUAUGCAUCCCCCAAGGAUGAAAUCAGAUUUUAACUAAUAAUGCUGGAUGGCCUGAGGAAAGACUCAACUGCCUCUCUUUUUGGGCUUUCAUAGUGUUCAUUGAUGCUACUGGCUAAGCUUUUAUCAAAGCAUAAGCUCAGUAACUGUGCUUCUGGUCUGUACCUGGUUGGUCCUUCCUCUUUGCAUGUAAGCUCUUUGAGAGGAAGGGUGGAGCCUUAUUUGUUUUUUAUGUCCUCUGCCAGGGCCUGUGUCUGACUAGGUGACACCACACACAUUCUUAGAUUGAAUCUGAACCACGUGGCAGAAGGGAUAAGCAGCUUAGUAGGCUCUGUCUACCCCCUUCAUUCUUUGUCUUGCCCCUAGGAAGGUGAAUCUGCCCUAGCCUGGUUUAUGGUUUCUUAUAACUCUCCUUUGCUCUCUGGCCAAUAUUAAGUGGGUUUGCCCCAUCACUUAGUUCUCAGGCAGAGACAUCUUUGGGCCUGUCCCUGCCCAGGCCUCUGGCUUCUUUUUUAUAUUGAAAAUUUUUAAAUAUUCAUAAAUUUUAGAAUAAAAAAUCAAAUAUUCCAUUCUUGA